AUGGAAAAGGCCUCGGGUAAAUUCCUGGCUCUUGAAGCUGGCCAGAGGAACACACAGGCUGUCUUGCAGGAUAUCCAAACCCAGCUAGGGAGUGUGGCUCAAGCAGUGGCGCAGAGGGCUCCAAGUACCUUGCCAGGUCAUACCACUCCUAAUCCGAAGGACCCGAAUGCCCACUGUAAUGCCAUCACAAGAAGGAGCGGCAAAGAGACUGCAGACCCACCUGUCCUGGCCAGACAAGCGGGAGGUAGACAUGCCUCGGCAUCUCCAGUGGUUGAAGAAGAAGUGGAGACGGAGGUCGAGGUGCCUGCGCCUAAGCCGCAACUAGUAGUGAAGGAUUAUAUCCCUCAACUCCCAUUCCCUACUCGGUUGCACAAAGACAGGCCAGAGUCAGAGUUCGGGAACUUCAUGUCCAUGCUUAGGAAGCUGAAUGUCCAAGUGCCCUUCCUGGAGGCACUAUCUCAAAUGCCUAACUAUACGAAGUUUCCGAGUGAUCUUCUCUCAAAGAAGCAGAAGCUGAGCGAGCUAGCCACUGUGGAGCUCAGCGAGGCGUGUUCGGCCAUUCUGCAGAACAAGCUUUCGCCGAAGCAGAAGGACCCAGGUAGUUUUACUAUCCCGUGCUCUAUAGGUAAAUUGCAUGUGGAGAGGUCCUUGGCGGAUCUAGGUGAUAGUAUCAAUGUCAUGCCAUAUAAAUUGUUCAAGAAACUAGGCCUAGGUGAACCCCGUGAAACUAGGAUGAGUCUUCAAUUAGAUGACCGAUCUAUAGUUCACCCUAGGGGCAUAGUGGAAGACCUUCUGGUUAAGGUUGGCAGAUUCUUUUAUCAUGUGGAUUUUGUUGUCUUGGACAUCAAUGAGGACACAAAAGUGCCCCUUAUACUGGGAAGGCCUUUCCUGGCCACCGCCAAGGCUCUCAUAGAUAUACAUGAUGGCACCUUAGUCUUGAGGGAUGGCGAGGAGCGAAUAACCUUUUCCAUUGCUAAUACUCUCCCUGCUUCAUCGCCUAUGCAUGCUGUUUCUCACCCGGAGCACGAGUCUGUCGUGUAUCCUUCUGUGCUUCCCAUUUUGCAGAAUCCCUCUCACAUAUCUUCGCCGCCACUCCCAUCCACUCCGAUACCAAAAGACAAGAUCAAGGAGGAGUGGCGGCCGAAGCUGCAGGUAGCUAAGCCUGCUCACCAGAAAACCGGAGACCACUAUGAGCUGGUCCCGCCUCCUGAGCCUUGA